AUGUCGUCCACACCUUGGGAUUACAUCGCCAAACUCGUCUGCAUCGGCGACUCAGGAUGCGGCAAGUCUAGUCUCACCAUUCGUCUUUGCGAGGGUCGCUUUUCGCCCCAUCACGACGUCACCAUUGGUGUUGAAUUCGGCUCUCGUAUCGUCCCUGUCGGUCCUCCUCACUCAAAACCCGGUCCUCCUGCCUCUUCAGAAGACGAAGAUAGAGAUCAAGAGGCAGCGGAUGGCCUUCCUGAACCACCUCGGGAAGCAGCCAACACGCCCCAGAAGCAUAUGAAGCUUAGUCUCUGGGACACAGCGGGGCAGGAAACGUACAAGUCUGUCACUCGGUCAUACUUCCGCGGCGCAAGCGGCGCCUUACUCGUCUUCGAUUUGUCCCGCAAGCAGACCUUUCAGCACGUCACCGACUGGCUCAACGAUCUGCGGCAGAUUGCCGAGCCCGAUAUCGUGGUUAUCCUGGUUGGCAACAAGGCCGAUUUGACGCAGCAAGAGGAUAACAAGCGAGAGGUCACACGCGAGGAGGCAGAGGAGUGGGCCAAGCGCAAUGGAGUCAUGGAAUACGUCGAGACGAGCGCCAAGAGCGGCGAAAAUGUCGAAAAAGCUUUCAUGCGCGUCGCCGAGAGGAUAUACAACAACAUCCAGGCUGGCAAAUAUGAUCUCAAUGAUAGAAGAUCUGGCGUCAAGGGUGCAGGGGCCGGUGGAAACCGUCAGGUCAAGCUGGCAGGCGAUGCCAACAAGUCAUCAGGGGGUGGCUGUUGCUAA